UAAUUUUAUAUUAUUAUAUCGUGAUGCAAAAACAGAAAUUAACAAUAAAUCGAAUUCUCCGCUUCACUCGUCUCUCUUUCUCUAAAAUCUCGAAACAGAAUCUCCAAAUUCUCCGGCGAAACCCCUAAAUCUCCGUCAUGGACGACCAAAACGACGACGCUUUGACCCGCCGCACCAAUUUCCGCACUUACUCGGAGAAUUUCGCCGUCCGCUCCGAUUCCGACGACGAGUACUCCACCGGCACCGGCGCCGGCGCCGGAGAAGUCGCCUCCGGGAAGGUGGGAAUCGACGAGGCGGCAUUGAAUUACCAGAAGGCGCCCAGAGUCUUCGACCGUUUCUACAACUCGUCGUCGGAGGAGGAAGAUGAGGAUGAGGUCAGUAGCUCUUCGAAUUACCAGCGGCGAUUGGAUUACAUGCUCCAGUUUCUGGACCGGAAGCUCUCCACUUCGUCGUCUCCUGACCAGCCGCUGCCGGAGCACACCGCUUCCGGCGGCGGGGUCGGGAUUUUCAGGCCGCCCGUUCGGGCGCCGGUUCAUCCGAACCGGCCGCCGAGCAUCGAGGUGAGGCCGCACCCGUUGAGGGAGACUCAGGUGGGGCGGUUUCUCAGGAGGAUUGUCACGGUGGAUGAUGGCGAUGGGCCGCAGAUGUGGGCCGGGUCGGAGAGUGGGAUCAGGGUAUGGGAUUUGAAGAAUGACAUUUAUAGUGGGGGAAAGGAGGGGGAAGAGGAGGGUACGGUGAGGUAUUGGGAGUCGGCACCGGUAACUGCAUCUGCUCUAUGUUUGGUGGGAGAUGGAGGGAAUAGAGUUGUGUGGAGUGGGCAUAAGGAUGGAAGGAUUAUGUGUUGGAAGAUGAUGGAUUUUUCGAGUGCGAGUGGAAGAGGGACUGGUGUGAAUAGGAAUGGAUUUCAGGAGGUGUUUUCGUGGCAGGCGUAUCGAGGGCCGGUGCUAUCCAUGGUUGUGAGCUCUUAUGGGGAUAUAUGGUCUGGUUCUGAGGGUGGUGCAGUGAAGAUCUGGCCUUGGGAAGCUCUUGAGAAGUCUCUUUCCCUUACAGUUGGAGAAAAACACAUGGCUUCCUUGCUGGUAGAGAGAUCAUAUAUUGACUUAAGGAGCCAAGUCACACAGAAUGGUGCCUAUGACAACAUAUUUUCUUCAGAUAUCAAGUAUAUGUUAUCGGAUCUUGUCGGGGCAAAGGUUUGGACUGCCAGUUAUCAGUCAUUUGCUUUGUGGGAUGCUCGAACCAAAGAAUUUUUGAAAGUAUUUAACAUUGACGGUCAGAUUGAGAACAUGUCAAAUGAUUCUUUGAUGGAGGAUGAGAUGAGAAUGAAGUUUGUAUCUGGUUCAAAAGAAAAGAUACAGAAUUCUUUUAAUUUCUUUCAACGUUCACGGAAUGCUAUAUUAGGAGCAGCAGAUGCUGUUCGUCGAGCUGCAGCAAAAGGAGGUUUUGGAGAUGACAAUAGGCGUAUAGAAGCAUUGGUUGCAACAGUUGAUGGAAUGAUUUGGAUUGGAUGUGCAAGUGGGUUACUUGUCCAAUGGGAUGGGGAUGGCAACCGCUUGCAAGAUCUUCAGCACCACGCUUUUGCUGUCCAAAGUCUCUGUACAGUUGGGGCUCGAAUAUGGGUAGGUUAUAUAAGUGGCAUUUUGCAGGUUCUAGACCUCAGUGGUAAGUUGCUUGGACAAUGGAUGGCUCAUCAAAGCCCUGUGAUAGAUUUAGCUUUUGGGGCUGGUUAUAUGUUUACCUUGGCUAAUCAUGGUGGUAUUCGUGGAUGGAGCAUCAGUUCUCCUGGACCACUUGACAGUAUUUUUCGUACUGAGUUGUCUGGAAAGGAAUUUCUAUACACAAGUCUGGAGAAUGUGAAGAUUAUGGCUGGGACAUGGAAUGUUGCACAAGGAAGAGCAGCCCCUGAUUCCCUAAUAUCAUGGCUUGGCUCAUCAGCUGCAGAUGUUGACAUUGUUGUCGUUGGGUUACAGGAGGUGGAAAUGGGUGCUGGUUUUCUCGCCAUGUCUGCUGCUAGAGAAACGAUGGGUCUUGAGGGUAGUUCUGCAGGGCAAUGGUGGCUAGAUAUGAUUGGAAAAACAUUGGAUGAGGGAUCCACCUUUUCACGUGUUGGCUCAAGGCAGUUGGCUGGUUUGCUUAUCUCUGUGUGGGCUAGGAACCACAUUCAAGGCCAUGUCGGAGAUGUUGAUGUUGCUGCAGUUCCUUGUGGUUUGGGCCGAGCAAUUGGAAAUAAGGGAGCUGUUGGGCUGAGGAUGAGAGUGUAUGGUCGGGUGAUGUGCUUUGUGAAUUGUCAUUUUGCUGCGCACUUAGAGGCUGUUAACCGUCGAAAUGCUGAUUUCGAUCAUGUCUAUCGAACAAUGUUUUUCAGUAGGCCAUCCAGUAUUUUAAAUGCUGCUUCUGGUAUGGUGCUGCAUUUAGUCUUAUGUUGCUUGCUUGCCUGCUCAAUGUUAUUAUUAUCACUUCUUUAUGGUUCGAGCUUGCCAUUGGUCCUUUGUAUUGCAGUGGGUGUCUCAUCUGCAGUUCAAGUGCUUCGCACUACAAAUGCUGUGAGUGUUAAUCCGGUGGAAGUUGUUCCUGAGCUUUCUGAAGCAGACAUGGUUGUGUUUCUGGGAGACUUCAACUAUCGGCUGGAUGGCAUAUCCUAUGACGAAGCAAGAGAUUUUGUUUCGCAAAGAUGCUUUGAUUGGCUUAGAGAAAGAGAUCAGUUGCGAGCAGAAAUGAAAGCAGGCAAUGUCUUCCAAGGAAUGCGGGAAGCUGUUAUCAGGUUUCCUCCAACAUACAAAUUUGAAAAACACCAACCUGGUUUGGCAGGGUAUGACUCUGGAGAGAAGAAACGGAUUCCUGCCUGGUGUGACAGAAUUUUGUUUCGUGAUAGCCGUUCAGCUUCAGUGUCUACCUGCAGCUUAGACUGCCCGGUAGUUGCAUCUGUGUUGCACUAUGAAGCUUGCAUGGAUGUAACCGACAGUGAUCACAAGCCUGUCCGUUGCAUUUUUAAUGUGGAGGUAGCUCGAGUUGAUGAGACGGUAAGAAGGCAAGAGUUUGGAGAGAUCAUCAGAUCAAAUGAGAAAGUAAAGCAUCUGCUUGAAGAACAAGCCAAAGUUCCAGAAGCAAUUGUCAGCACCAAUAACAUAAUCCUUCAGAACCAGGAUACGUCCAUCUUGCGCAUCACAAAUAAAUGCAGAAAAGACAAAGCUAUUUAUGAAAUAAGUUGUGAAGGGCUAUCUACAAUUGACAAAGACGGACACGCAUCUGAUCAUCGCCCAAGAGGUUCUUUUGGCUUCCCCAGGUGGCUUCAGGUGAAUCCUGCUUGUGGAAUUAUCCAAGGAGACCAGACUGCUGAAAUAGCAAUCAGACACGAAGAAUUCCAAACAUUGGAAGAAUUUGUGGAUGGUGUCCCACAAAAUUUUUGGUGUGAAGAUGCGAGGGAUAAGGAAGCUAUGCUACUAAUAAAAGUGGGUGGUAGCUGCACAACAAAGGCCAAAUGUCACCGUAUCCGUGUGCGUUACAGCAUUACUGGCAAGCGUACACCUAUGAACCGCAAGGCCAACAACCCCAUUCCCUCCCAAACAAAUCUCCUCCGUUCUGAUUUCAAGAUAAGUGGUUCAUGCGAUGUGGUUCACCAGCUACGGAAUCUAAACACUCCUUGAUUUUAAUCAUACUCUACCAUUGUGCGCGACAACAGAUUUAUCCGCUCAUUAUGGCAAAUCUUAUGCCAUCAAAGGGCGACGGCCCAGGGCCCCAAAAAAUUUAGGGCCCAAUUUUUUAAUAUAUAGGCUUUAUGUAUACUAAAAAAUAUUAGAUAACAUAAUUUAUUGUCAAAAAUUCAAAGUUCAAUUUAAAAUGAAUUUCAAAUUAAUUUGAUGAUAAUUUUGU